UGUCUUUGCGUGUGCUGUGUUGCAGGACGCGUCUCCCGGAGACGGGGACGACCCGAUAUUCACCUCUCACACCAGCGGUUGCUAUGGAAGCGAAGAGCCUGUCUGCAACGUCAUCGGCAACUACAGGUUCCUGCAAAGCCUGGGUGAGGGGGCUUACGGGGCCGUGCGGAUGGCCAGGCACUUGCUGACAGCAAGAGAGGUGGCCAUUAAAGUACUUGAUAAGACCAAAUGUACUCCAGAAAGUCUCAAAAUGAUCUACCGAGAGAUCAAAAUUAUGACGAUGUUGCACCAUCCACAUAUAGUGCAACUAUAUGAAGUGAUAAACACCACGACCACCAUCUACAUGGUGAUGGAAUACGCCAGUCAUGGCGAUGUAUAUGAUUAUUUACAAGAGGUGGGGAGAAUGCAUGAGGAAGAGGCCAGGGAGAAGUUUCGCCAGGUAGGAAUCAUUGCAUCUUUAGUUUGUUAAUUUAAUAAAGUUAUCAUGCUUAGACCCUGAAGCAAAAAGUGUUAGCCUCCGUAAGUGCUUAGAAGGCUCACUGGGUGGCAGACAUUGGCCAUUCAGCUGGAAAAAUCAUAUUAGGUGCCCUUCGUACCUAAGGUACUGUGCUAGAUAGGUCGCCAUGGGUCCUAUUCCUGGCUUUGUGAAGUCAACAUUAAUCUCACUCUUAACUUUCACUUUUGACUAUUGAGCCUUAAAAAUCUAGAGCUAUAGAUAUAAUAUCUAUGAUUACAUUAAUUAAAGCCAUUUCAAUGUUUUCAGCAAGAAGAAUGGCAGAAUCCCAAAAUUUAUGAGUUUUGUCUUACAUAUAACCCAAGACUAAAUAGAACUGAAUCUGUUAA